AUGAGCUCCUCGAAGGCUAUUGGACGGUCGGGUGGCAGAUUGACACAUGGCCCGGAGUUGAGUCCUCAGACAUCGCCUAACGUUCCAUCCAUUGUGACGUCAUCGUCCCGAUGUAUCACGUUGUUGUUACACGGUACAUUGAUACACUCACUUGGCAACCGAACGCAAUUUUCAUGCCUCGCCGAAACAACACAUUACAUCAAGAGGCUAAGAAGGUGGGACUUGAUUCAUAAGCCCCUACCUUGCGGCUCUACUUUUUUUUCAUCUUGGCCCGCUUGGAUCGGGAAGAUUAACGCCUAUCAAAUGUGGGAUCCCUGGUCACCAUUCGAGGAUAAUUUUCAAUGGGUCAGAUACAGUCGUAACUCCCUUCAGAAACUAGAUGGAACAGAGACCAUACAGAUGUGUUCACCAUCAGACCAAGAGGUGGCCCUCUACCUGCAAAAUGACAUCGCAACUGAUGACUGGAACCUCCUGGAUCUUCUGGGUGACACGGAAAAAGGUACUUCUGAGAUGUGCUACACUUCAGAAGCUGAAUAUGAUACUACGGCAAUCAUACAUAAACCUCAUCCCAUCAAACUCAGCUCUGUUGAUUCUGUAUUUGGGAGAGUCAUCACCAGCAGAGCACCAAGACUAGCAGGGGGCUUCCAUGCUUCAGAAAGUUCAGCUUUUACUGAGAUCAGUGUCGAUUCCCCCAUACCCACUUUAACUGCGCGGUACAAUAUUAAUUUUGUCAUGAUGUUUUACAGGCAAUUAUUAAGGCUUGUCACCUUGAUAUACACAGCUUACCAGAAAUGUUUUUACCUGUUACAACAUCAAAUUUGA